UGCAUCGGCACUGCAUGCAACACAACCAAGAGUUGGUCUUCAAGUUGAGAGAAGUCAACUUAGGCGUUUCAUAUAAAGCUAUAUAUUUUUUUUGCCCGUUGAUUAACACAAAAGGGAACCAUGGUUAUGUUGAAGAUUUCUGCUUUCCUUGUUGCUUAUGCCCUGGUCAUUUGCCAGAUGUACAGCUCACAAGCAGCCCCCUCCAGACCGGGCAUAGAGUCCAUGACAGACCGAGUCACCCUUACGGACUACGAGGCAAGAAGGUUACUCAACGCCAUAGUCAAGGAGUUUGUGCAGAUGACAGCCGAAGAGCUGGAGCAGCAAGAGAACGAAGGCAACGAAGGCAACAGCAUGGAAAGACCCAUUACCAAGCGCUGCUCUAACCUCAGCACCUGCGUGCUGGGCAAACUGUCCCAGGACCUGCACAAAUUACAAACGUUUCCCCGCACGGACGUGGGCGCGGGCACGCCUGGCAAGAAACGCAGCGCGCCCGAGAGCGAACGCUAUGCAAGCUACGGGAAGACGUUUGACAGCAUCUAACCCUCCGCCCUCCUCCUAUUCCCUCUCUUUUCAUUAUCACGUCCUCCUGGUUUUUGUUUGACAAGUCUCAGUGCAUGUGGAUUUUUCCUGCUUGAUUGACCUAAGAGCGAAUCUCCCAUUGCAACCCCCACUUCUUAAUUUUUCUAUUCUUCUUUUGACAAUUCCUUUUCCGUUUUCGGCAAAGAAUGACAUGUUGUAUCUGUUCAGACAAUCAACUCUUGUAAAUUACAAUUAUUCAAAAGAACGAAUCAAAAUAUAUCGAUUUUUUUUUCACUGUGUAUAUUCGUAUAAUUUGAUUGCAUUUCAAAUUCCUUAUAACCCAAAUUCCUAAGAGAUAACCUAAGUAACAUUCAACCAUAAUAAAUAGUUUCUUCGUGCCGUCACCAUGUUUCUUGUUCAAUAAACCUAUUUUUCUACCAGGAAGGCUUUUACCUUUUUUUUCUUAAGAAAUAGAAUAUUAGUAAUUAAACAAUUUGUUUUAUGGACCUAGCUUUGGCUCUUCCAACAAUGGCAUUCAAUAUUUUUUUCAUUGCAGGAUAGAGUAAAUCAUAGUUAUUAUAGCAUUUCCAAUACCCUUGAUCUAUCUCUAGAACCUUCACCAAGUCUCAAGCGUUACAGCACAGAAGCGAGCCUGCAACACGGCCACCUGCGUGACUCACCGCCUGGCAGACUUCCUGAGCCGGUCGGGGGGCAUGGGCAACAGUAACUUUGUCCCCACCAAUGUGGGCUCCAAGGCUUUCGGCCGGCGGAGGAGAAACACCCAGAUAUGAACAUUCCAACAACCUUCAGGGAUACGAGGUUGAUCCUUCUUAACGCGAUGACAUCAGAACAUAUCUGGGGGAAAACAACAAAACAAACAAAGAGAAAAAACACACUGGCCCCUUCAUCCACUCCCCCACAUCUACAGAAAUAAACCCCUUCGGAUAUUAGGACUCCUCCUCUCAAUACCAUAAUGUUAUGAAACUUUAAUUUAGCUUUUGGCAAACCAGAGAAAAAAGGGGGAGAAUGACAGCAACCUCCAUUAUGUACAUUGACAGCAGAAUCCCCAAAUCCCAAAGAAAAUGUCCACAUUCCUUUUUUUUUAUACAUGAAAUUCAUUUAAAAUGAAUUGGAAAAAAGCACCAGUGCUUAUUUAUUAUUAUUUAUUCUGUCUAUAGAGCACAUUUGUACCAUGUGAACCAUUCUCCCCGUCACUCAUCCCUCCCUGUCCCCACCGGCACCUGUUUGCUGUGCUGUGCCCUGCAGGGAUCGACAUUAAAGAUCAGCCUUCCCUAGGCUCCCUCACAACGGCUGUGUCUUGUGCCUUGAUGUAAAACACUUUACAUCACAUGACUGUAUAGUAUGUAUCAAGAUUAUAAGAAGACCACGAAGAGAAUGUCACUGAAAAAAUAUUCAAGAGAUUAAUAUUGUAACAAUUGUGAAUUUCAGCAAGAUUAAAAUGUAUUUUAGAUA